AUGCGUCAAGAAGCCUUAAGAGAAGAGGCCAUAAAGAGUAUGGCUAAACGGCCUGGCUAUGGCAAGUUCGGACGACAGACCCAACUUAUUACUAAUUACUUUGAAAUCAAAAGGAUCGCGAAUAGGGCGUAUUUUGAAAAAUAUGAGAUUACAAUGAAACUGCAAACUCAUCAAAGGCCCGGAGGAGAAGGUUCUCAUCGCCAAAAAGCUCCCAAACAAUUGAAACAACUUCCGACUCACGUCCAACGCGCUAUAUUUCAACAAUUAGAAAAGCAAGAGCGUAACGGCUGGUUCAAAGGGGCUGGUGUCGUCUUUGAUGGGAGCACCGCAAUAUAUUCUACCGAUCUUUUGAAUUUAAACUCUGAUUCUGGGAUAACAUCGGUCACUUUAAAAGAUGAUCAGGACUUCAGAGGGAAUCCUUCCGAGUAUAAAGUCGAAAUUCGAAGGAUUGAUAAAAUUGACAUAGAUGAAUUAAAAAAGUUUCUUGAAGGAAAUGAAAUGAAGUGGGAAUAUUUUGAUUUAGCUGGCCUUAGAGGGCUUAAUGCCUUAAUACAUCAUAUGCCGUCAAUGAAGUAUACUCAAUUUGGUGAAUCUACAUAUUUACCUUCGACGCGUAGAUCUUUGGGUGGAGGUGUAGAAUUAUGGAUGGGUUGGUUUGAAAGCGUAAGGCCCGGACAAGAUAGCUAUUUUGUCAAUGUUAACACUACUUAUACUGUUUUUUACGAGCCGGGACCCAUGCACUCUCUAAUUAUUAAAUAUCUUAAAUUAGACAACAUUCCGGAUCGAUUUACUCAACAACAACAGGAUAAAAUUUCCGAACUUGUUCAUGGAUUGCAAUUUAAAGCCAUCCAUCGCCCUAAAGUCAAAACACGAUUCAAAAUUAAAAGAUUAUGCUCCACUAACGCGCGCGACAACAUGGUUGAUAUCCCAGAUUCUGAAGAAAAAAUUAGUAUUUAUUCUUAUUACCAGCGAAGAUAUAACAUAAAUUUAAAAUGUUUACAUCUCGUCGAGCUUGAAGGUCGGAAGAAUGACAAAAUUCCAAUUGAAUUAUGCGAUAUUAUUGAGCUAUCUAGUGCUCAAAGAGGACAUAUGAUUAAACAUACUGCAUUGCGUCCUCAAGACAACAUGGAUAGAAUUACUGAAGGUGUUCAGAAUGUCCUGCAAUUCGGAAAAGAUUUUAAAUUAAAGAAAUUUGGAAUGAGCAUUGAAGAAAAAAUGGCAGUAAUUCCAGCUCGCAUAUUAAAAGCUCCCAAAGUAUCAUAUCAUAUAACAUCCAAAGCAGGUGGCACAGUUAAACCUCGUGAAGGUGGAUGGAACCUUCGAGAUCGAAAGUUUGUCAGAAGCGGUAAAACACUUCAAUAUUGGGUGGUAGUUGCAUUUGUUCAACAACAAAAGUUAUCAUUUUCGCAAGCCAAACAAUUCAUAAAAGAACUUGUAAAUACAAGUAGAAGUCAAGGAAUGGAUAUCGCAGAAGGUAACCCACGAGUCAACUAUGUCAAGCCCAAUGGUGAACCACAUACCUAUCAACACCUUGUCAUAAAAGAAUAUAAUAACGCUAAGAAUCACCUAAAGAAUGAUCUUCAAUUGAUGCUUUUUAUUCUUCCGGACGAUGAUGAAAAACGAUAUCGAGCAAUAAAAUAUACAGCAGAUACAGUUCUCGGCGUUCCUUCACAAUGUGUCCAAGUUGAUAAAGUAGGAAAGACAAGUAAACAAUAUUGCGCGAACAUUGCAUUAAAAAUAAAUUUAAAGCUGGGAGGGACAAAUCAAUCUCUUGAAGAUAACGAAUUACCCCUAUUCGCACAAGAGCCGGUAUUGCUGCUUGGUGCCGAUGUCACACACCCAACCGGUGGACGUGCUGGUCCUUCAAUUGUUGGUUCACUCGAUCGCCAAGGUGGUCGUUUUACUCCAAAACUUGAAAGCCAGAAAACUAGACAAGAAAAGAUUGAAAAUAUGAGUGGGAUGGUAUUGGAAAUUUUGAGAGACUAUCGUGAUAAAAAUAGUAUUUUACCUCGACGGAUUAUCAUGUACCGAGAUGGUGUAUCUGAAAGUCAAUUUGAAAUGGCUUGUACAAAAGUGGAAGAGGGUUAUAGGCCCCCAAUAACUUUUGUAGUCGUCGGUAAACGACAUCAUACACGAUUUUAUCCGCGGCAUGAACGCGAUGCUGACAGAUUGCAUUUGGAACAACAGCAGCGUGGUGAAACGGAGUUUGUAUUGAAGGAAGUUAAAGAAAGCUUAGCUAAAGGUACGUAUUUUUAA